AUGACACUAGCCGCUAGCCGCCUCCCCUCUCACCCCGCGCUCUCCCCGCGACUACCGCACCUGCCAAACCUCGCGCAGCGUCAAACAAACAUGACGUCCUCCAAAACCAUCGUGCUAGAGUUCGGCGGUGGGCUCGAGGCCUUGUUCAGCGACGCCAAGUCUCUCUCCGUCACCCCGCCGGCAGACAUCCAGAGCCUCGGUAAGCUUAUCACCUGGGUCCGAGACCAUCUUAUCACCGCCCGGCAUGACAUGUUUGUGAGCGGCGACGCUUUGAGGCCUGGUGUGCUAGUCUUGGUCAAUGACGUGGACUGGGAGCUCGAAGAUACUGUCAACUAUCGCUUUGCGGGCGGCGAUCGCAUCGCUUUUAUUUCCACUCUGCAUGGUGGGUAGGUGUGAUACGCACUUCGGGGCUCAAAAGGAGGGAUUGAUGUGGGGGGGAGGCUCAGACAACCUGAGUGGUCCAACUACGCCGGCUUUGGUUUCUGGCUUCCGUUGCUGGCGUGUAGCACCUUUCGAGACGCUCUCGGUGCGUCUCCAAGGGCUGAAUCUGAUUUCCUGUCAGAGAUGCUGAAGAUUUGUUUCCAUGCUUUCCACAAUUCACAGGGUUUCCUUUAUUUUCGUCAGCUACCGCGCACAUGCGUUCGUUGGCAACGACAUUCCCUUUAUUUCAUGUUUCCGAGUGAAGGCUGUGCUUACCAAACAACCGUCAAGCUCCUCUUCUGAUACCUGGUAUUAUCCCUGUCGUCACAGCAUAUCAAAGCUUAGCUUUGCAAAGCCCUGGCGUCAUAUUUAGAUUUGGUCCUUUUCUUUCUUCCGAUGGCCUACCUCUCACAACUGCACUGACAUGACGCCGCAUUUCGGCGUAUCUGCUACUUAUGACUCAAGGCAGGCAGCCGUAUCAAGCACCUUGGGACCCCGCUUCUCAUACUUAGAACAACCUCUUCCGUCGAACGAAAAGCUUGUAACCGUCCCCGAGGCCCUCAUG